AAAGGUAAAACCCUUCAUACGAUUUGUAACCCAAUGUAUGCACGCUAUUUUUGUGGAGUUGUGUAAAGAGGAAAAAUCAUGUCUAAAACUAAACAUAUCAUUGAUAUUUUUAAACGUGACAUGGACUGUUACAACAAAGAGUGAAGUAUAUUUCUUGCUGACAUCAGCACUGCGCCAAAACGGACAGUUCCAUUUCCAAAAUCCUGUUAACUAAUUUGAAGGAAUAUUUUACGCAGCGAUUUUUUUUCCAGUUUGAAAAAGGGGGUUUCAUAACAUAAAAUGCAUCUUAGUAUGACAAUAAUUUUAAACUAGCUGUUAUAUUUAAAUGGUGUUUGAAUAAUCGCUAAAAAUCUGCAACGUGACGGGCUUAAAGUUCGCAUUAGACCACGUUAAUUAUUGAUUGGCACGGUCCUGCUAUAUAAAGAAGAUGCGAGGGGUGUUCUGCUCUCUCUCUCCUAGUCCUUGGUCGCCAGGAUGAGUUACGGAUCAGAGCUGUACUCUUCCUCCUCCUACCGAAAGAUUUUCGGGGACUCCCCUCGCUAUGCUGCCUCUCCUCCGCGGCUGGGCAGUGCCUCUUCCUCCCGAAGUUCUUUCUCCUCUAGUGGCUUUAGGUCUCAGUCUCUGACCCGCUCCUCUUCUUUGAGCUCCUACAAAAGACCAGGGCGAUCUUCUUACUCGCCCGUGCUAACCGAAAGCCUUGAUUUGACCCAGAGUUCAGUCCUCAACAAUGAGUUUAAAAUUAUCCGAACGAAUGAGAAAGAACAGAUGCAGGGGCUCAAUGACCGCUUCGCAAUGUUCAUCGAGAAGGUGCGCAAUCUUGAGCAGCAGAAUAAAGUGCUGGAGACCGAGCUGGUGGCGCUGCGACAGCGGCAAAGCGAGCCGUCCCGACUUGCAGACUUAUACCAGCAGGAGAUCCGAGAGCUCCGUUCCCAGGUGGAGCUGUUGAAUGGAGAGAAGUCGCAGAUUUUGAUUGAACGAGAAAACAUCGAGGACGAUUUUGAGAAACUCCGAUCCAAGUAUGAAGAUGAAAUAAGGGUACGAGAGGAUGUAGAGCAGAUGCUGAAAACUUACAAGAAGGACGUGGACGAUGCAACCAUCGUCCGACUGGACCUGGAGAAGAGAGUGGAGUCUCUACUGGAUGAGAUAUCUUUUAUGAGGAAGGUUCACGAGGAAGAGGUGGCUGAGCUAAUGAAUAUGAUCCAGGCAUCCCAGGUCUCUGUUGAAAUGGAGGUUGCAAAGCCUGAUCUCACGUCUGCGCUGAAAGAAAUCCGUGGCCAGUACGAAAGUCUGGCAGCCAAGAAUCUGCAGUCGGCCGAAGAGUGGUACAAGUCCAAGUUUGCGGAUCUAAGUGAACAAGCAAACCGAAGCAAUGAGGCGAUCCGGGCAAGUAGAGAAGAGAUCAACGAAUUUAGGCGACAACUGCAGUCCAAGACUAUCGAAAUCGAAAGCCUCAGAGGAACCAACGAGUCACUGGAGAGGCAGAUCCGGGAAAUGGAAGACAGGCAUAAUACGGAAAUUGUUGGAUUUCAGGACACAAUCAACGAGCUGGAGAAUGAGCUCAGGGCCACCAAGAGUGAGAUGGCACGUCACCUGAGAGAGUACCAGGACCUGCUGAACGUCAAGAUGGCCCUGGACAUUGAGAUUGCAGCCUAUAGGAAACUGCUGGAGGGAGAGGAAACUCGCAUCAGCUCGGGGAUAUCCUAUGCCAUCCCCAACCCCAGCCCCAGCUUGAGCUACGGGUACCAGACCCGCAUCUACACCAGCACCUCCAAGGUCGGAAAGAAGGAAGAAAAGGAGGAGGAGCCUCAGGCCAAAGCCAGCAAGACGAGCAUCCAGCGCGACACAUUCGAGGAGAUCGUCGAGGAGACCACCUCCACCAAGAAGGUGGAGAAGAACGAGUCCAUUAGCAUCAACUCCACCAACCAGAAAAACUAAAUCACCCCCCUCCCUUUCUGUAAUGGAAUGGUCUCAGAGAGGAAUCCACCACACAACCGUUGUGACACUGCACUAUGAACACCUUACAAUGUGAGUUUCCAGAAACAUCACUCCAGAAAUUUCAAACGGCACUUUAAAACCACACGUACAAUACAGACACCAUUAUGGACUUAAGUAUUAGUGCACUGCCACAGGACGUAAAUUAUUCUCGACACAUUCCAGACGGUGUGUGGGGGUGUAAGUUCACCAGAAAUCACAGACAUUUCAGAACUACAAUAUAUAUUCUAUCAAGCAUUUCUAAUUCUGCAAAUACUGGUAUGACUGAAAAUAAGCAUUUGUCUUCUUCAGACUUUGUUUUAGUAAUUCAUGUAUCCAGCACAAAUAAUAUCGAAAUGCCUACUUAAAACUUGAGAACUAAUGUUGAUGAGUCAAUAGUGAUGGACAAUGAUCAACCUUUGGUGUUCCAAAGUAGAGCAUCUAGCACAUUUUAUUAGAAGUACCCAAAUGGAGUGUAUUAAAACCAUUUCAAAGACAGUGCAGCCAAUGAAUCGGUUAAAAAUGUGAACGAUCAUCUGCAGGUAGACAUCUACUCUCCACUGAAGUUUUACUGUCGAAAAGGCCUCUACCUAAAACGAAAAAGAGAAAUUCCUCUCCAAGAAUGCUAUUGAUAUAUUAAUGCAUCUCUUUACUUGCACUUAGAAAAACAAGUUAUCGAAUUCAAGAGUUAGUUGCAUGGUGUAUUUUUCAUGUUUGCAUGGUGUGUCAUUAGGCCACUGUCACUGACUGUGUCUUCCUGACCAUAGGGUAGAAAAUGAAGUCUUCUCCAUUUCCUGCAUUUCUCUGUUCAUUGUAGCAUAUCUCCAAGCAACUUCAAGGCUCAAAAGUGUGGCCGAAUGUUGGAAAUUAUGUUCAGCAUUUCAGUAAGUAGGGUGCAUUUCAGUAAGUAGGGUGCAUUUCAGUAAGUAGGGUGCAUUUCAGUAAGUAGGGUGCAUUUCAGUAAGUAGGGUGGCUGUAUUCCUGCAGUCAGCUUCUACAAUGAAUGUGAAUUGUUGAAGUUUCAUAUUCAGAGAGUCUCUGUUUCAGAGUAAUAUCAUUUCAGCUGUGCUCCUUGAUUAAAUGUGCUAAGAACAUCUGCACUAGUCAAUCUCAUCUAUACAGUUACCCAAUGUACACUUUAGUCGAGCAGGGUUUUGGUUUACAAAAUGUUCAGCACAAAAUUCAUAGGUUGAUAGACCAUGGCUCUUAACUAUGUGCACAAAAACAUUAAAUAUCCAUAAGGAUGCCUGGGAUGCAUCUUAAGAAAUCUAUACUGUGCUACCCUGCCUUAGCAAUACAAAAUAUAUGAGCUAGAAUACCACAGAACAGGGCCUCGAAUUUAAUCAGCUGUGACUGUUAGCUUGACUGUAUCAGAAUGCAUUGUGUGCUUGACCACUUGCAUGAAUGAGACAAAUGUGUCACUGUGAGAUGGAAUUUAUCUCAUCCAAUGUCUCAGAGUUAAGUGAUUGUCCAACUAAUUUGAAAUUAAUAUUUCAGGCACAACUUUACUCGGUCUGAUGUGUCUUCCAACUGUUUGAAUUUCUGUAGAGCUUCCAGUCAUUUCUAAGCCUUUGGAGGGGGGACAUGGAUAAGUGUUUUGGGAAAAAAAAUAUACAAAUAUAAGGACAACAUAUAGUUGUCAGACGUCCUUUCAAUGCAGCCACUCCGGCUAAUAUUUUGAGGGAAACUGGUGGAUGUCCAUCAUUCUUCUGUGCUGUCUGCCAUAACUAUAAAAUGCUGGUUGAUGAGGCCUGGGGCCCUUAAUCAAAUUUGUUCCAAGCACAGCGAGGCACAGGUGACUAAGCUUGCCGAUGAUUGUAUGAAUGCAAGUGGCAUGGAUGCCCUUUGGCAGAAUGCAUGUGCAUCAAGGGUUGAUUAAAUGUUUAACAAAAAUUUCCUAAGUGUUACCCACAGAAAAGGAGAUAAUGCUGUAGGUUGUCAAAAUGCCUUAACGACACCAACUUUUUGAGUUUGGCAGUUGUGUAUGUGCAGUGUAUGGUUUGAGUACUGAUGUGCUGUAUCUCUUUCUAGAAUUAGUCUUCUUAAAUGACAAGGCCAGUUGUUUCUGAAUCUAGAUAAACAAUUUUCCUCUGUUCCUUACUGCUGUAUGGCACAUACCAAUAAAAAAAAAUGUGCUUCAAUGUC